UGCUUCACUUUCCCCGGCUUCAAGUCUCCGCCGAGAAGUCCUUUCCCGUGGCUCCUUCGAUAUUCUGCGAUCAUGCAUAAGUGGUUGUGUUUCCUUGGCUUGUUGGCCCUGUCAGCACCUGGAACUGGUGAUGUCACAGCAGAAGAUCAGUUUAAAGUGGAGGAGGACAAUGUUGCAAGGAUACUUGUUUCUAAGCUGAUCCUAAACAAGUACCUGGUGGAGGGCAUGGACGUGGUGGUGCGGUACGCCCUGUACAACGUCGGCUCGGCGGCGGCGUUGAACGUGCAGGUCGAAGACGCCAGCUUUGGACCGCUCGACUUCACCACUGUCGCCGGCCAGUCGCACUUCGUGCUGGACCGGCUGGCGCCGGGCGCCAACGCCUCGCACACGCUGGUGGUGCGACCGCUCAAGUACGGCUACUUCAACUUCACGGCCGCCCAGGUGUCCUACCUGGCCAGCGAGACGGCCACGGAGCCGACGAUCGGCUUCACCAGCGAGCCAGGAGAGGGCGGCAUCGUGUCGUUCCGCGACUACGACAAGAAGUUCUCGCCGCACCUGCUCGACUGGAUCGUGUUCGCCGUCAUGACGCUGCCCUCGCUUGGCAUCCCGUUCAUGCUCUGGUAUUCGUCCAAGUCCAAGUACGACACCGUUCUACGGGAAAAGCGAGCUGACGCCAUCAAGAAGCGCGAGUAGGGUGUCACCUAGCGGGUGGUGGGAGAACUUUAAGUCUGAGUGAACGCCGCUGUGUGACACUGGUGGUUUCCUGGUGCGUCGGCUUGCGAAGCCUCCGUGAGUGGUGGUCAUGUUGCUCAGACUGAACGCGGGUGGUGUUUAGAAAACUUUCCUGUUGCCAGUUUUGAACACCAGUCGUAUGCAACAUGGUUCAAUUGGAUGCGACAAGAAUGCAAGCGCGAUUUUGUUACUUUGACUUGGCUGGGUGGGGUUUAAUAUAAUGAAAUGGAACUGAAGCUCUGAAGUUUGUUCAUGUCCGUAUGUCUUAAGUUGAAGCCAUGGCCUUUCAUCGCGGUUUGGUGACAACUAUCACUCGAAUGUGGUGGCUGGCCUCGAUCCCAACUGAAAUCCGCGUAGUAUUACCUGGUGCCGCUGCGCCGGCACGUGUGCAAUGCGAUAGUGUAGAAGUGCCUUCUGCUGGCUCGCAUUUCAGUUAAAAUUCACCCCUCCUCAUUUUGUGUAUGCCUCGCAUGUGUUCGUUUUCGUUCGAAAUGGCAACCGCUGUUGUCUGCAAAGUAAAUUAUACUCUCCUUUA